GAGCGAAUGCGAGUUCGUCGCAUUUCUCAGAGUAGUCGAGAAGCUGAGGACGGUGGCGCUCGGACGAUAAUUGGUAAGGUGACAGCUGGCUCUGUCACAGUUACCGACCAAUCCGGAACAAGCGAUUUUCGCAAACACAAAUGCCGAUCUGUGUUCAUUCGUUCAUUGUUUUAUUGUGUUGCCUGCAGAACUGUCGCUGGUCGGUCGAGACAAGUUGAAGCCGGAACUGUACGCGGAUGAUACAACAGUGAUAGGUGCUGGUUGUUGAGUGACAAUCUUGUUUUUGGAUAAUUUGCAAUUACCUGCUCCAAAGUGGAUCUAAAGAAGAGAAAAAUGAAGCUCGUGCCGGGACCGUUGCCGUCUAUUCCCACGACGACAUCGGGUUCACUUCAGCUGCCACUGCCGUUCAGUCCGGAACUCUUCUGGAGAUAUCCGCUGGGCUUUUCUUCAGUGAGCCACCCAUCGUCCCCCCUUUGGGAGUACAAGACCCAAUUGCCCGGCUCUUUGUCUGCAGACCCGCGGCUCUGGAGCCGGGAGGAUGUUCUGGUGUUUCUACGCUGGGCCGAGAGGGAGUUCGAUCUUCAGCCCAUCGACUUGGAGAUGUUCCAGAUGAACGGCAAAGCCAUGUGUUUGCUGACGCGCACCGACCUAUCGGAGCGCGCUCCAUGUUCUGGGGAUGUUCUGCACAAUGUGCUACAGAUCUUAAUCAGGGAGGCGAAUAAUUUGAGGAUGUUACCAAGCAGCCCGAUCACUCCCACUUCACGGCAUGCCUAUUCGCUAUCUCCUCACACAUCUCAACCAACUACGCCCAGUUGGAACGUUGUAACGUCCCACUCAUCAGCUGACUACCAUUCGUCCCAUGCCGCCAGUUUAGCGGCCCAUCUGGUGGCUCAGAGUAACAGUGUUACUCUGAGUCCGGCCCCCUCAAUAGACAGCCAAUCAGGCAGUCCAAACCAUCCAGAUGCGCCGAUGAGUUUCGGACAUUCCAUCUUCAGUACGAACGGGAGCAGUUCGAACGGAUCGGGCUCGAAUCCAAGCGACAGCGACGAAGAUGACAAGUUCAUCGAAGCGAAGAAUGGUUACAUAAGCAGCCCACCCAACACGCCCAGCUACAUGAAUAUUCCACAGAUGCCAUUCUUGACACCGAGAAGUCCCAAGCAGAUGGAGGGCGUGGGAAGCCCCGGCCUGUACAAGAGGGAGUUUUUCGGAAGCAACGAAGCCUCAGAGCCCAAUACCAAUGGUCGUCUUCUUUGGGACUUUCUUCAGCAGUUGCUGAAUGACCCCGCUCAGAGAUAUACCGGGUAUAUCGCGUGGAAAAACAGAGAUACUGGCGUGUUUAAGAUUGUCGAUCCUCCAGGAUUGGCGAAACUGUGGGGAAUCCAGAAAAACCACCUUUCCAUGAACUACGACAAGAUGUCCAGAGCAUUGAGGUACUACUACAGAGUGAACAUUCUGAGGAAAGUCCAAGGGGAAAGACACUGUUACCAAUUCUUGCGCAACCCAACAGAGCUGAAAAACAUCAAAAACAUUUCCUUGUUGAGGCAGCAAAUGUCUCCCACAGCCACCAAGCCGCCAGUUUCAAACCAAUUUCUGCCACAAAUCACCAUCAAGCCGGAACCCAUCGAUCAACCAAUGAUGGAAAAGGACCACAUGUCUCAUGAACCUCCUCAACGAGUACCGACAGCCGUUCCAUCUCAUAUAAAACUGAACGAGCAGGUUCAGAAGCAAAGUUUGCCGGCUCUAGCUCAACAGCACCCUGCGAAUGGGCCCUCGUCACAAGAAGUGAAAAGUGAGCAGAUAUUAAGGGUGGAAUACCAUCAUGACCCUGAUGAUAAACCCACGGAUUUAUCCAUGGAAGGGCCUACGGAUUUGAGUAGUGGAAAUAGACAUGUGAAUAUCGUUUGCUCGCCAGAUCCUCCGAUUAAUGGAAAUCAUUGAUGUGGCUGAAUAUGAGCAAUCUGCAGGAGAAGGAAACAAUCGAGUGCCAAUAAACAAUUCCAGUGCAAGUGUUUUUUCAGAUUCAAACAGUGUAAAUUCUGUAGGUAUAAUUUAAGUGCAAAACCGUGCAAUCUAGGUUUUCUAUGUGCCAAAAUAAAUCUCUUCGUUUAAUGCUAAUUGGUGCAAUAACAAUACGAUUGCCAUGUUCUGGGUAGUACGAGCAAGUUUUUUUUUUUGGAUUUGGAAACUAAAAUCAUUCACCGUUAACAAUGUGAUAACAUCCAAUCAUUUGUAAUUUAUGUGCAAGUCAGGCAGCUUUAAUCACAAAACCAUACAUUUGUGAAGCCAUAGAAUGGUCUUGAGUGUUCUUCGAAAUACAUCGACAUUAGUUACGUAACUGUAUCGGUACAAAAGAGACUGGAAAGGGUUCUUUUUCAAGUUCUCAACGCCGAAAUAACAAAUGGGGCAAUUUUUUUUUUAUCAAAAAGAACAUUCCAUUGAAAAUGUGUGGAUCAAAGGGCGAUUAAAAUGAAUACCCAGUUGAGAGAAUUGAGUUUUUCUUACGGAAGAUUAAUUUCAAUUUAUUUAUGCAGAGUCCUGCAGCUCAGUUCAUUUAUUUGUUGGAAACAUCGCUUACAUCCUUACACCAAAAUUGUGCCGUUUUCCGUGAAACACUUUCUGGUUCCGCAAAAAUGACGUUUUCCAAAAAAUGUCGAAUAAAUUAAAAAAUCAAACAUCUGAGAUGCGAAACCCUGUACAGUGUGGAGCAGUUAAAUAAAAAAUAAUGUUUCCUCCAAGUUUAGUCAUUAAAACGCAGAAAAUUAAAUAGCCUUUUCAUUAAAGAUUUUGCUGCUCCACCGCUAGCACCCCAUUUUAAAAAUAUAUCCCAAUAUAUUUCCAGAAGACCAAACUAUUGCUAAUAGAACAUCGGCCUUCUGCAAAUAUAUGCAUUAGUGUGGCAUCCGUUUACAUAUUUGUGACUGGGUCCAACUCUUCUCUGUGAUCUCUGACAUAUUUGACUCAAACGAGUGUGAUUAACAAAAACAUAUUUUUAAAACUGUUAUAUUUACAAUAAAGAAAAGCAAUCGCUAGAUUUAGGAACGAUAUUUCAAACUGUAGAUGUUCUAAUCUUUUGAUAGCAACGCAAUGAUUCGUUUUAAUACUACAAUGUACAUAUAUUGUUAUAGGUGAAUUUAAAUAAAGAUACUUUCUUUGUAGUAAUGUAGAA